CGAGUAACAUCGCGAGAAGAGUCCAAAGUUUCGAUCCUUCCGUUAGCUUUGCUUCAGGCAACGUUCCCGGCGCCUCAGAGAACGGCUCCGAGUGUAAAUGAAAGCUGUAAUUCUUGCCGCUGGGUACGGAACCAGGCUUCAGCGAGAUGUGGUGGCCGACAGCAGCGGGAGGUUCGGUCACCUGGCUGGAGUUGCCAAGCCGCUGCUGCCGGUGGGACAGUGCGCUCUGAUUUCCCACUGGGCCCGGGCCCUGAACGCCUCUGGCUCCGUGGACGCUGUCUACGUCGUGACCAACGCUCUGUACCUGAGUGCUUUUGAAGAGUGGGCAGCACAUAUCACAAAUAUCAAAGUUGUCAGUGAUCAGACAAGAAGCAAUGAUGAGCGUCUUGGUGCGGUGGCCUGUCUGCAGCUUGUAGUAAAACACUUCGGGAUAGAAGACCAUGUUGUAGUUAUUGGAGGUGACACCCUAUUCAAAGAAGACUUCAGCCUCAGUAAAAUCAGAGCGACUUUCUCUGACCUCCAAACCAGGUGUGAAGACAGUUGUCUGGUACUCUCAUACCCGUGCAAAGAGGAAGAAACCAGUAAAUAUGGGAUUCUGGAGGUCGACAGUGACCUGCGUGCUGUGUGCUUGAAGGAGAAGCCGCUUCCCACCGAGACAAAGUCACGGAGGGCAUGUCCUUGUUUCUAUGUGUUUUCAAAGAACAGUCUUCCUCUGCUGGAUGCCUUCUUAGCAGAAAAGAGGGAAGCUCCUAUUGAAGAGAAAGAUGCUCCAGGAAACUUUGUGUCUUGGCUCAUUCCAAGGAAGCCAGUGUACAUCCAUCAGAUUUCUGGAAGAUUUGAUGUUGGAAACCUGUCUUCUUAUGCUGAAUGUGACCUUUACUUUAGAGAAACGCUUCAGGAUGUCCAGUCAUACAUGGUUUAGCAGAAACACGUCACAAUGACUGCUGUAUUAAAGCCAACAGAAACAUAAUCCCCUCAAGUGAAAAUAAUGAUGACUAAUCAGUAAAUCAAGAACUGAGGCUGUAAAUAUGACGUGUGAUCUUUAAUUUCUUGUAAGUAAUUUUAUAAUGUACUUGUUUGUAUUAAAAUAAUUUUCUGAGAUUUCUCUCAACCA